GGGCAGGCGGGGCGGCCAUGGCGCGGCCCGGCGGGUUGGAGGCCGAGCAGGAGCAGCCGCAGCACGUCCUGUCCCGGCAGCAGGAGCGGCACCGCCGGCUCCUGGCCGAGCUGCAGGCGCUCGUCAAGGCGCUGCCCAGCCCCUGCCAGCAGCGCCUCUCGUACACGACGCUUUCCGAGCUGGCGCUGGCGCUGCUGGACGGGACGGUGUUCGAGAUCGUGCAGGGGCUCCUGGAGAUCCAGCACCUCACCGAGAAGAACCUCUACAGCCAACGCCGGCAGCUGCACAGCGAGCACCGCGGGCUGAAGCAGGAGCUGUUCCACCGACACAAGGAGGCCCAGCAGUGCUGCAGGCCCCACAACCUGCCGCUGCUCCGCGCCGCCCAGCAGCGAGAGAUGGAGGUGAGGAAGGGCCAUGGGGGAGAUGGAGGGGGGGGGCGGAUGCAGAGCCGUGUCCCUUCCCGGGAGUCUCACAGCCCUGUUGCUGCAGGAGCACCGCAGCAUCUCCAGAGGGUUUGACUGUUCCCACCCUGCAGCCUUGGGAGCCGCCAGCUGUCCUGGCUGGCCUUGCUAGCACAGACCUAGGUUCCCCACCCCAUUUUGGAGGUCUCCUCCUCUUGCUCUGCCCUUUGUCCCCCCAGGGCCCAGGCUCUUGCCAUCUAGGAGAGCUGCGGUCCAGGUAUGAUCUGGGAAUCAUAGAAGUUUGGGAGCCUGCUCCAGAGCCGAGUGCUUUAAUGAUUCAUCACUGUCUGACAGGCUGAAGCCUGUAUAGGAAGCAAGUGAUAGAAAACAUGGAGUAGGUGCAUGAGAUCUGCCAUGAUGUCAUAGCAAGUCAAAAGCAGAGAAUACUCAAAAUAAAAAAAAUCACA